ACAGUGUUGCUGCUGCGACAGCGGCUGUGAGGGAGCCGCGGCGGGCGCGCUGCCCUCGGCCGGGGUUGCGGAAGCGGCUCUUCGACUGCGUCUCGAGGCGACCCCGCCGGGCCGAGAUUCCGCCGCCGGCCGCGCGGGCAUUGAAGUAGCCGCUACCUCCUGUGGGAGUUCUGUGCAUGUGCCGGCGGAGUGAGCAUGCGCAGAUGCGCCCCUUGGCCGCCCUCUAGUGGCGGGAUGGAACCAGGCGCCCUGCCGCUCUCGGUCCGGCUGCUCGAGGCUCUGUCGGGCGGAGAGUGCGAGAUGGUUGAAGCCCUUCUCCAGCAGGGAGCAGACCCCAACUUGGUUCUGCCUGAUGGGAUUGCCGGCAUCCACCUUGCCGCCGGCAUGGAGCAGGAGAGUGGGAUCCAGUGCCUUGCCCUCAUCCUCCGGUAUGGCGGAGACCCCAACCUCAGGUCCGUGGAUGGCCUCACCCCCUUGCAUGUGGCAGCCGCCUGGGGGUGCAACACGUGCUUAAAGCUUUUGCUGAUGGAAGGAGGAGACCCCCACCUGAAAGACCAGGACGGGAACACUGCCAUCGACCUGGCUUUGGAGGAAGGGAACGAGAUGUGUCUCCGUAUCUUGCAAGGGUUCCUGGAGGAGGCUGCAGAGGGGCAGCACUGCUGGAUGAGCUACCGAAGAGAAGAAAGCUUCCUCUCCACCGUGACUGAAGACACCUUAAACCCUGGGAGGUCGUCAAGGCUUUACGACACUUUCCCCAUCCUCUCGGGCGGAAGCUUGCGGCGGCCUCCUCCGGAUGAGAGCCUUCAGCAUGCGAAGCCACCCACCUUCCUUUCUCAUCCUUCAAAGAGCCAAGAUAAAACUUGUUCCUUUGAGGACAGGAUCGCUUUUUCGUUCCUCACGGAGUGUUCUUUGGCUUCCAGCACUUUGUCCGAUCAGGGAGACCUCUGUGCUCAGCCGGCAGCCUCAUCCUCCUUGGGCGGCGUGCUUGGGCAGCUAGCACCGAGUCCCUUGGCAACACAGGGUUUUAACAUUGGAGGACCCGAGCCCCCCAAAGCAGAUCUUGGCACAAUCCAAAUUCGCUGCGUCCAGAGCACUACAGCUAAGGGGUUCCCUUUGCCUCCAGCCCCAGACAGCGCAUUUCCCCCCUCCACUUUAAUUGACCGCAAGCUGAGAGCGAGCCUCGAAGUACAAAACACUAACAGAUCCCAGGAGAUCCCCGGGCCCUCUCCCACCCAUGCAGUUGUGUCCGAAUGUGAAGCAGAUCCCGUUGCCGGCAUGCACAAUCCCAACGCCACCUUCAACCUCUCCCAGUAUGGCAGCUUCCUAGACCCAGACCUUGUGGUGAGGACCACAGGCCACGAAGGGCUGGACGUCACCUCGCCCGAUCAUGCCUACCUGUUCACCCGGGAGAACGCUGCAGCCAUCUCGGACUUGGAAAAGACAGUCGUAGUCCAUGGAGAGUUGCUGCCGAGCGCCUGUGGGAAUCUGGACGGAGGCUCCAAACGAGACGAAUCAUUUAGUGAAAGCUCAAGCAGUGGCCAGUAUGCCUCAUGUGACAGCGAAUGUUAUGCAAGCACUGAGGAAGCACUUGUCCGCUGCAGCGAGGCUCAGACCCAGGAGGGAAGGGAGGCCAGCUUCAGCUGUUCUACAUGCAGCUCCCGCAACACUGAGAGCAACAGUUUAAUGUCAGAAUUGUCCUUAGGCCCGUCUUCCAGAGGACUGGUAAGCAGCUCCGGAGAGCCAGUUGAGGCAUUUAGCGAGAGAAAUUCUCCUGCUAGGUCUGACUGCCUGAGACAUUUGUGCGACAGAAUUGGUUGUAAGGGGGCUUAUUCCAACACAUGCGCUGGGAGGCAACCUUUGGACCUGUGCCACUUUGGAAAGGACGAACGGCCUAAGAACGGCGGACAGCUGGGUUUCUCCCAAACGUCCCAGGUUCUUGCAAAACGCCCUUUGCAGAAGUGGGGAAACCAAGACAUGAACUCUCCGCCAUUGAAGGAAACACAGAAGCCAGCGAUUUCUGGAGCAGAGAACGAGCAUCUUUCAGAAAUUUCCUCUCCCGCUGUUGGAAGAGUUGAUACCUGGGAACUGCAAGGCAAACUAAAAGGAAGUGGGUCGCCUGAAGCUCAGGAAAGGUUGAGCACAGAGGAAAGGAGAGGAUCUCACUCCACGAGCACCAAGGAUGUGGAGGAGCACUUGUGGACUCCAGAAACGGUGCUCAUACAGAAGGCAUCUGAAGAGACGUCUUCACUGGAGAAUGAGAGCCCUGUCCCUCCUGGGAUGAUCUGGGAUGCGGCUGAAACAAUGGCCAUCCCUCAUCAAACUCCUCCGAGCACCAGAGAAGAAGAGCCUGCCGGCUUGGAGGCCAAGCUGAGGUCAAUGAUGCUGGCGACCAGAGUCUGCCAUUCACCACUGCUCCUGUCCCACCAAAGCCCCCAGCACGUUACGCCCCGAAGCAAAAGCCGCAUGAUGGCGUCGGCCACACACAAUGCCAGCUCUUCAUCCUCCCUCUUCGACGAGACCCUGGAGAUGCCGCAGCGUCCCAGGCGGUGGAGAAACCCCGGGGGGCUGGUUCCGGCCUCGGGCGAGAGGCAGGAUCAAUCCGCUGGCCCGAGGAACAGCAGCCUGCCUGGUGCGGCGGGAGGCGAGAAUGGUGAACUCGAUGACACCAUAUUAAUUGGGGCUGGUCUCGGCAGCUGUGAGCUAGGCAGCUGCUCAGGCUCCCUCCCUCCGGGCUGCCCUCUCAUCAGCCUAGAUACACUAGGGAGCUCUGGGAGAGAUGUUUGCAGAGGGUAUGACCGUUCUGACACCAAAUGUGGCAGCAACCGUGUAACAGAUUCAGAGGAAGAGGUUCCCUUGAAGGAGCAGAAGCUGCCACCAGGGAAUGGAGAGGAGGCUUGUGCUGCCCGAGAAAACCUGGAUGCUGUGCUGUCUCGGGGGGAACCUGAGCGGCUAAGUGCCAGGCAUGGUAGGCCCAAGAGGCAGGCCAAUCGCUCGCGAGUGAGCUUCAGCCGGCUGCCUGCGAGAGGGCCGCCGGUGCCGAGAGCCUCCACCUGCCCGUCGGGGCGGAUGAGUCCCAUGGCCCAAGAUGUCCAGCUGUCGCCCGGUGGCCGGCCAGUGAACCUGAGCGCCACCGAGCCCGUGGAAUACCUUUACGAGGAUGAAGGGCACACCCUCGUGGAGCGCCACAUCCCUUGCACGGACGACUCCGUGGCCAACACCACCAGCUCCGAAGACACCAUCAUCUACGAUUGGCGGGCAUACACCGGUCAAGCAGAGCGGCCGGCAGGUGUGGGCCGCCGCUCUCCGCCAGCUGCCUCUGAUCUGAGCCACCUCUCAGACGAAGCACUAGUCCGGCAGCUUCGAGACUUCGGUGUCAACCCGGGACCUGUAUCGGGACUCACCAGGAAGAUUUACCUGCAGCUGCUAGAGAAGCUGAUGAGCGACCCGAAGACCAAAGCCCGGAAGGGCUCUGCAGGCUACAGCCCGGAAUUGUCUUCUGCCCUGGACACUUACCAGAUCCCAGAUGGCCAGGAGGACGAGAUGGCUUUGUCCAGGCAGUUCGACCAGCCGGACAAGAGCUGCAAGUGGAGGGAGGGUCUUCUCAAAUCCAGCUUCAACUACCUGCUCCUGGAUCCCAGGGUGACCCAGAACCUGCCCUUCCGCUGCCAGUACAUCAGCCGGGCCGAGUGUUUCCGGACGUUCAUCAGUGCCAUCUUCUACGUGGGCAAGGGGAAGCGCUCCAGGCCGUACUGCCACCUCUACGAAGCCUUGACGCACUACCAGCAGAGCCGGAGAAAGCAAGGCGGACAGGUGUGCUCCAAAGUCCAGCAUAUCCUGGAAAUCUGGGCCAGCAGGCAAGGGGUCAUCUCCAUGCACUGUUUCCAGAACGUCAUUCCGGUGGAAGCCUACACGAGAGAAGCCUGCAUGGUGGAUGCCAUCGGGCUGAAGAUGCUGACCAAUCAGAAGAAAGGGAAUUACUACGGCAUUGUGAAGGACUGGCCUAUGAAGCGGAAGCGCAGCCUGGGCACCUACCUCCUUCACAGAGCCAUGCAGAUCUUCCUGGCAGAGGGGGAGCGGCAGCUGCGCCCCGCAGACAUCCGCACAGGCCAGUGACGGCUCGCAAGGCUCUCUCGGUGCGGCCAGCACCCAACCCCAUGGACCUGACAUGAUACCCAUGGCCUGCUCAAGGCAGUCGUCACAUUAUGCCCGAGGGCUUGGGGUAGGACAGGCUUCCUCAACCUCAGUCCUCCAGAUGUUUUUGGCCUACAACUCCCAUGAUCCCUAGCUGCAGGACCAGUGGAAAUUUGGGAGAAUUGUAAGGUAAUUUGAGCAAUUUAUAACACAGAAUACCAGAAUAAUUUUAAAUGGCAAUAUAACUGAAAGUGUGAGAUAAAUAAAGGAACUUGACAGGGCUGCCCCCUUUCCAGUGUGAGCCAGUGUGAUAUAGUGGUUAAGAGUGGGUUCGCUUCCCCACUCCUCCACAUGCAGCUCCUGGGUGACACUUCUCUGACGUCUCUCAGCCUCACUCACCUCACAGAGUGUUUGUUGUGGGGGAGGAAGGGCAUGAAAGCCAGGGAAAGAUUUCUGGAUGAUAGACUUCCGGAUUGAGCGCCGGCCAUAGCGGUCGGAGGUCUGCGAGCUCUGCGGACCUCGGCGCAUCAAAGGUGGGGGGAAACCGGUCCAGCGCAGCGGACCCCCAAAGAAACCCCAGGUCGAGCUUUCUGGGGGCAUAGUUGUCCGGUUGUGCGCAAAAGCUACUCCCCUCUCCCCAGCAAGGCUCUGUUUUGAGCCCCCGAGAGCAAGGGGGUCAGAGCGGCAGCACAUUCGGACGCAGGAUGUUUCCUUUGACAGCGCGAAGCCGCAGGACUGUGAGGAUUGAGUGCUCAAUUUUUUCCAAAGAAAACUGCUAAAAGGAUUGUACUGUGAGUACUGAAUUAUUGGAUCUAAUUUGAAGAUAAUUUGGCCACGGGAAAGGGAUUUUAAAAACGGAAGCCGGUCCCGUCCCACUGAUUAUCAUAGAAAGCAAGGACAUAUACCUUAAGCCAGAAAAUAGUGCAAGAAGUUAAACUUCCAAAGGCAGGACUGAAAUCCCCCCCCCCCCCGAAGCAGGGGGAGGGGGGAGGAAAUUUAUAUGGAUUUAUAUCCCUGUGAAAUCUGAGGAUUGAGAAAGUGACAUCCUUUGUCAUAGCUGCAUAAGGAAAUGUCGACAGCUUAAAAACGAAGGGAACAUUCCACUUUCGCUUUUCUAUUCAGAGACACUGAAUGCACCCCCCACAUCCUGUUUUCUCUCUGUUGUAACCUUCAAGUCGGGAUGGCAGCCACAAUAACAGAUGGUCAAUAUGUGGACAUAAUAAACUGAUGCAAGAAAACAAGCAGGAAUUGAAAGCAUGUAUUUCUGAAGUUUAAAAAAUUGGUGACUGUCUUAAAGGCUUCAAAGUGAACUUUGAAGAAAAAAUGGAUACAGAAGAAAAACAGCAAGAAAUGGACAAUGGAAGGGAGGACGCAGAGGACAAAAAAGUUGACGACUUUUAAAAACUUCAAAGUGAACUUUGAAGAAAAAAUGGUUUAGAAGAAAAUCAGCAAAAAUUGCAAUUGAAAGACUCUGCUUUCAAUGGAGAAAGAGGAGCGGGCAAGGAAAAUAGAAGGGGAGCUGUGAGGAGUGGGUUAGAAAGA